AUGGAGCGGAUCCACGUUGCCGUGCGCUCGCGGCCUCUCUCACCGGAGGACGCGCGGAGCAGCCCGUGGAGGAUCUCCGGCAACACCAUUGCCCACUCCGCGCAGUCCUCCAUCCGCUUCGAGUUUGACAGGAUAUUCGGUCAGGAGUGCCGCACCUCCGAGGUCUACGAGACUCGAACCAAGCACAUCGUCGACUCCGUGGUCCAAGGGUUCAAUGGCACUGUUUUUGCAUAUGGUCAAACUAACAGUGGGAAGACCUACACGAUGAGAGGAUCGGCUAAUGAACCUGGAAUAAUACCACUUGCAGUUCAUGACUUAUUCCAGCGUAUUGAAGAGCAUAUGGACAGAGAAUUUCUUGUCCGGAUGUCUUACAUGGAAAUUUACAAUGAAGAGAUUAAUGACCUUCUUGUGCCAGAACAUCGGAAGUUGCAGAUUCAUGAGAGUAGUGAGAAAGGGAUAUUUGUUGCCGGUUUAAGAGAAGAAAUUGUAACAUGCGCAGAGCAAGUCAUGGACUUUAUGUCUUUUGGAGAAUCUCACCGGCAUAUUGGGGAGACAAACAUGAAUCUUUACAGCAGCCGUUCUCACACUAUAUUUCGCAUGGUAAUUGAGAGCAGAGAAAAAGGAGAUGAUAAUGAAGCUGAAGAUUCUUGUGAUGCUGUACGAGUAUCUGUAUUGAACCUUGUCGACUUAGCUGGCUCAGAACGUGCUGCAAAGACCGGUGCAGAGGGUGUGAGGCUUAAGGAGGGUUCUCAUAUUAAUAAAAGUCUUAUGAUUCUUGGUACGGUUAUAAAGAAACUUAGUGAAGGCAUAGAGGGUCAAGGGGGACAUGUUCCGUACCGUGACAGUAAGCUGACAAGAAUAUUGCAGCCUGCUCUGGGUGGAAAUUCUAACACAGCUAUCAUCUGUAAUAUAACACUUGCACAGGUACAUGCUGAUGAGACAAAAAGCAGUUUGCAAUUUGCAAGUAGAGCAUUGCGUGUAACAAAUUGUGCAUGCGUUAAUGAGAUUUUGACAGAUGCUGCGUUAUUAAAACGCCAAAGGAAAGAAAUAGAAGAGCUCCGUGCAAAACUUAGGAACUCUCAAAGUGAUCAUUGGGGGGAAGAAAUCCUGAAUUUGCGGAACACACUACUGCAGAGUGAACUGGAAAAGGAAAGGAUUGCUUUAGAGUUGGAGGAGGAAAAGAAAGCUAAAGAGCAGCGUGACAAACGCUUGAUUGAACAGGCAAAGAAAAUUGAGAAUCUUAGUUCACUGGUACUAAAUUCAGAGAGAGAUGACAGGAGUAUUGCUUUUAGUAAGGACAAAAGAAGGGUAACAUGGUGUCCUGGACCAAAAGCAAGGCAAUUUGGUAUUGAGGUUUUAGGACCUGUCGAGGAAGGCCCUACAAGCAGCACGGUUAGAAAUGAACGCAAUAUGGGAAUGCCACCACAUUUUGAAGAGCUAAUGCAAGGAAGUUAUGCAAGUAAUGAUGAGCCUUGUGCUAAUGCUUGCUCACCUAGUGAUAUGGCCAAAUACACUGAAGAUGUUUCUCUACCUGAUUCACAUGCUUUGCUGCACGUUACCAACCGAAGAAAGACAAAUACAAUGAAGAAAUCAGAUCAAGAGCAAUUCGGGGGGACAGCUGGUGAACUAAUAAUACCCGAAGACGCUCAUGAUGGGAAUAAUGCUCUGCAAAGUCAGGAAUGCACUGUGCCUUGUGUAGUUAGUAGCUUAUCUGCUCGAGAGUCUGAAGCCAUUCUUGUCAUUAAACAACUUCAAGAUCAGAUCAAGUUGUUGGAGGCAGAGAAGAGUUCUAUUCAAACUAAUUUGGAUGAUGUUCUUGAGUUGGCAACUCAACAGAAGACCUCGUUCAAUGAGAAGUAUGAAAAGCUUCAGCAGAAUGCUCUGGCCGCACAAGAACAAGCAAAAGUUGCUAAUGAGAAGCUUUCCACACUGUCUGCUACUAUAAAAUCCAAUCAGGAAGUAGCUUACGGAUUCCUCAGUAAUGUAUUGAUGGAGACUGAAGGAAUAAAUUUGGGGAUGCAUCAGUUGAGGAACUCAGUUGAAAGCGCUCUUUCUUUUAUUGAUGAACUUUCUCAGAAUCUCUUGAUGAUGGCACAAGGCAUUCUUGAAGUAAAGCACUCUGCUCAUGAAGAUAUUAGACAGUUUGGUUCUAUGGUCAGGGAUUAUGAGAAACUGUCAGCUUGUUUGAUGAAAAAAGUCUGCAAACUUGAAACAGAGAAGAAACUGUUAGAGGAACAAUCCCAAGAUCAACAAAAUGAAAUUGAUAAACUGAAGUCCAAUCUGGCAAGCUGUGAGAAGGACAUAGAUGACUGUACUCUUCAACAUGAACUGGAGAAGGAAGGGAUUCUCUCAGAGCUCCUAAACCUCCAAAAGGAAGUAUUGACCUUGUCAUCAUCCUCUUUGAUGAAAGAAAAGGAAUCUAUCCGAAAGGAACUUGAUAGGACUAAAACUAAGUUAAGAGAGACCGAGACCAAACUUAAGAAUUCCGUUCAGGAGAAAAUAAAACUUCAGAGUGAAAAAGCAGAGGCCCACAAAGAAGUUAAGAAAUUGAAAAGCCAAAGAACUUUGCUUGAACGUGAUUUACGGAAGCGUGAUUCAGCUACUGUUGACAAAAGGCAUGAACUGAAUUCCACGCCACAGGAACUUGCUGGAGUUUUUGAUCAAGCUGUCCAGAUGCAGGAGGAGUACCAAAAGCUUGAGAUGCACGUUUUUGAUAUGGAGGCGGAAAUUUCUUCAUUACAAGAAGCUUUAAAGACUUCAGUCGCUGAAAAGGACGAAGCAUUAUCUAAAGUAGAGCUUAUGACAUCGGAACUAGAAGAUCUCGCGAAUAAAUUGAAUUCAGCAGAAUUAGAAAGGAACUCCUUAAGCGAUGAAAUUGCACUUUUGACCAAAAGGUCAAAUUCAUCCGAAUCGACCCUUAAAAGAUUGGAGGCUUCUCUCAAUUCUGUAUCAAGGGAAAAGGAAGAUAUGGGAAUGCAACUUACUGAUGCACUUCUGGACAUGGAGUCUGAAAGAUCAAUUUGGGCAGCAAAGAAGAAGGAAUAUCUAGAAGCUAGUCAGAGAUUGAAUACUUGCCUUGAUGAGAACCGCAAACUAUCAGAAGAUUUGAUUAAGGUGCGGCAAGAGCUAGCGUCUUGUAGAGAACAGUGCAGAACUCCGGAGGAAAAAUUGGCUCAUUCCCUAGAGAGUAACAUGAAUGAGAAAGGAAUAAAAUUCUGCAGCGAGGCCUGUAAAGGAUCCGACCAAUUUGUGGAAAAAGGAAGAACUAUUGAUGGUGCUGUAGGUGAAAAAGAACUUCAGAAACAACUUUUGAUGAUUACUGAAGAGCGUAAUAGUUUACUUUCUGAGACACAGCAGAUGAGGUUAAUCGUCAAUGAAGCAGAGGUUUUGAAAGAGAAUUGUGACAGAAAAUUAAUACAUGCCAAAGCUACAAUAGAUGAGUUGAGCUCUAGGAUAUCUAUCAUGGAAGUCAAUAGGAAAGAUGAUGCUGUGGUUAAUAACAAAGAGAAGACAAAGCUUCGCAUGCAGAUUCGGUCACUGCAACCAGAACUUGAUGCCCAUCGUGGACGGCUCAAAGAAGCGGUGAAUGAGAUGAAGAUCAUGGACGCCAAAUACCAAGAAGCAUCCACCAAGCUGAAGAAGGAGCUUUCUCAGAGCUGCCGUGAAGUCCUGAGGUUGAGAGAAAUACUUAAAGAGAUACAGGGAGCAUCAAACUGAGAUUGUAAAUUUGUCGCAUAUCUUCUUUUCGCAGCUCGCGUAGCAGAAAUGUAAAUAUGUGAUCGAUCGACCAUAUGGAAGGCACACGGUAUUUCCUUAACCAGUAAGGGUAUGUAUAGGUGCAUUUGUGCCCCCAUUU